GCGGCAGCUUCUCCAUUUAUUACUCAGCCACUCUUUCGCCACGAACACUUCCCCAUCCUCCCUGGCCCCGCCUUCCCUCGCCGUCGCCAUCCUCCACUCGCCGGCGGUGACGUCGCCAUCACAGCGCCGCCGCCGCCUUCCCAAAACCAAGCCAUCAGCCGGCAUCUUUCAUCCUUUUCGUCAAUUCGUCGUAGUCUCGCUGGAAUUUCGCUCUGCCAGGCUGCCAUCGCUCUCUCUCCGUCGCCCUGGAAAGUCGUCUCACUCACGCUUCAGACUCAUUCCAUCCCAUUCCAUUUCCUUGUUCUCGCCCGAUCUUCAACUGCCUUCACUGCCGCAGAAGUAGUCAAAGCCUAGUCCGCCGUCACUGCCGUGUUUCAAUGUCGGAGGUGUAAGGUCUUAUUUGGAUGAUUGGAAAAGUUACCUUGCAGCUUAACUUAUUAUUAAAAUGAGACCAAGAUCAAAUGGGGUUUCUAGGAGUCAGAGGGAGCAAAGGUUUGAAGGUGGAGGACCAAAUUGGAUUCUCAUUGCAGGUGGUGCCUUGUUGAGUACUUUGACAAUCCGCCUUGGCUCUAAGCUGAAGCAGACUCUUGAUUCUAGGAGAGAAACAAAUGCUAGAAAUGAGAAAUUGUCUGACAGAAGGAGAUCAUCAGCUUGCCAUAUGCAUCCGAAUGUCUACUCCUUUACACAUGAUGAUGAUAGUUAUUUCAAUUCUGCUUCCGGGAAUGAAGGUACCACAGAUGUAAAAUACCCUCCCAAUGAUCACACGCUGUCUGAAACUGAUGGUGCACUCCCUUUGGUCACAGUCAAUGCCCCAGAAUACUCAAGAGAGAAUGGGAUUAUGUGGGUUUCAUCUCUUGAACGUCUCGAGUUACCGCCAAAGCCAUUUCACCAUUCAAACUGCUCUGACUCACCAUGUGUGUCUGAGUCUGGUUCGGACAUAUUUAGCAAGCGCGAAGUGAUACAAAAGCUGAGACAGCAACUAAAAAGAAGGGAUGACAUGAUAAUUGAGAUGCAGGAUCAGAUUGUGGAGUUGCAGAAUUCAGUCAAUGCUCAAUUGGGAAUUUCUAAUAAUUUGCAGUCUCAACUUGAUGUUGCUAACAAGGAUUUGUUAGAUUCGGAGAGAGAAAUCCAGAGGCUGAGAAAAGCCAUUGCCGAUCAUUGUUUGAAACAUGCAAACGGUGAUGGAAAACCGUCAGUUGUCACUGUAUGGCCACCUGAGGUAAGAAAUGGGCAUGCUAAUGGGUAUUCAGAUGGUGAAAGUACCUUUGAGUUUCCAGAGAAAGGGAGGAUGGAUGUGGAGAAGGUCGAGAUGCUUAGGAGGGAAGUAGGGGAAUUGAAGGAAGUGUUAGAAGGGAAGGAAUACUUGUUGCAGAAUUACAAAGAGCAGAAGUCAGAGCUUUCGAUGAAGAUCAAGGAGUUGCAGCAAAGAUUGGAUUCUCAGCUCCCAAAUAUUUUAUAGGCGUUGUUAGGUCAUGCGCAUUCUUGUUUUUUCCUGACUCUGUUUGUUUUGAGCUUCCGGUUUUGGGAGAUUGUUCUUUAUCCAAGCUUCUAGGUUAGAAAAUCUGGUGUUUCCUGUGCUCGCAUAAGGGUGCCAGUUGCGACUGAUCAGAGAGAGAGAUAUAGAGAGAGGCAGACCAAGGGUUUGUAAUUGUCCGUGUUGCUUGUCAAUGUCUCUGCUCAGUUCUGUAGAAAUAUGAAUGCAAGUUUCCACAAAGCGUGAACCCUGUUGCACUUUUGGCCUCUCUGUUUACCUGCAGAACCACUGGUUUCUGCUCUUCUUCAGUUACUAAUUUUAAUCACAACGGAUUUCACUAAUCAACAGA